AUGAGUUCCGGAGGAAACCAGUUACAGCCCGCACCAAACCCGACGGCGGCCACGAGGCGUACGGGUGCAGCUCUUGAUGGCUUCAACAGUCCGAACGCGGAGGCCUACCUUGCUUACUGCGCCGCGUUUUUCCAGGAAGACGACUCUGAAGAACAACAAUACAUUAAUGGGUUCGACUACGACAACGAAAACUGGCCACUAUACCAGAACACAGUUGAGGUGAUCCCUGCAGACGGAGUUGGCAGUGUGUACGAGGUCACAGCGGAAGAGGUUAAUAAGCCGGAUGUUGGCGCAGGCUUGUGGAAUCUGGAUGACUGCACCUUAAGCUCGACCUCGGUGUAG